UGGCAAUAUUGGCCUUUAUUUUAUUAUUAUCAGUUAAUAGUAGACGUUUGAAUGUGUUAAUAAAGCAAAGGAAUACUUCUUGCAUGUUGUUUUUUUAUCAAAUAAACAAAAUACAAAAAAGAAAGCAAAAGAUAAGAUUUGUUUUCAUAAGCAAAUAUUUAAAAAAGUCUCGAAGAAUUAGUGUAAAAGUAAAAACAAAAUAUGUUUAAAACCUGGCGUAAAGUAGAGUUUAAACGUUGGUCUUCCAUACAACAGAAUUUAGAAAAUGCUAAAUUAACAAAAUUACAUGAAGAAAGGGAAACUAUGAUUGUGUUUGUUUACGAUACCGAGUGUUUGAAGGAUGAGGCUGCUGAUCCGGUUAAGGCGGUUUUAUAUUUCCAUCCCAGUUGGGUGUCGGAUACCCAAAAGGUGGCCUUGUGCGGCCAGUUAAUGGGUUCUUCUUAUUUUCUUAAAGAUUGUUUCUUUAAGCCACGCAUUAUUUCCUUGCAAAAUGGCAAAUUUGUUUUUAAAGAAUUUGGUCGGUUUAUAUUGGCCGUGGGCACUGAUCGCAAUAUCUCUGAUUAUAUGUUGCAACAUCGUGCUGACUUGUUGGCCUCUUUGGUGAAGUUUUAUCAUCGUGAUUUGCAACUGGUCUAUGAUCAAUUUCCUUUGCAGUCUCAGUACAAGAAUUUAUCGGAAAAAUUAUAUCAUAUAUUUGAAACAUAUCUACCAAUUUUGCAAUAUAAUGGCAAUAUAUUUCAAAAUGUACCCAAACUAAGAAUGCCCAAAACGGCCAGUAAUAUCUUUUUGGAAGCUAUACAAACUUUGCAGUGUUGUCAGCAGACCAAAGGUGUUUUGGGUGGUGCCAUUCUAUAUCAUAACAAAGUCGUUGCCUCUCAACUUAGCGAUGCUGUUACCAAACAAAUCGUUUUAACCGAUCCUUUGCAUAUAAGAACCACAGGGGAACAAUUAACCUCCUCAGAAUUUCACAUACCCAAUGGUGUCCAAAUGUUAGUAGUCUAUCUGGAGACUCUACAAUAUCGUAAACUACAAGCUGAAGCUCAGAGAGCUCAAAAUCUACAGACCACUCAAUUGGGUCAAGGGCCUUUGCCGUUUCAAUAUAAUAAACGUAAAAUGAAAAGAGAUAAAUCUCUUAUAUUCACCCAUAUACCCGAAGAGAAUACUACACAAAGUAUAAGUGAACAUCCCGAGGAACAGGCAGAAGAGGCCACUAACAUCACAACCAUAACCACCCCCGGUCCUGUAAGGCCUAAAAGUCUCAUGAUGACUAGACCUACGCACUUGCCUUUGCGCAUUAAAAACUAUUCCAAUAAAGAAUUGCCAGAAUCCGGCAUUGCUUCCAUUAACUUUGAUGAAACUGAUUCUUAUCCCGAAUUCAUAGGACGCACCUCUGUUUGCUCCACUCCCAUGGCUGAGAAUAAGGUUUUGGCCGUAGGCAACAUUAUGUCUAUAUGUGCCAAUCCAGAAGAUGAAAACAACUCCAAUAAACAGGUGGAACAAAACAAUACUUUGCAUCAAAUCAAUAGACGUAAUUCUUUGAAAAAAGAUUUUGAAAAAUUCUUCCACAAUUUCAUAACCAAUCCCAAUAAAAUGGAACGUCGCAACUCUCUAACCGAUAUCCAUGAUUCUUUAAAGAAAUUCUCCAAAAAGAUUUCUUUAAAACAAAUCUCUCAAAGUUUUAAGACUGAUGUUAAUCGUAAUGGCAAUGCUGCCACAGAUAUGUCUCCAGAUUUCAUAGAUGAAGAAGAGAAUUCUGAUAAUUCGGAUGAAAAUAAUAAAACUUCCCGCACCAUAACAGAUCCCACCAAUCCAGUGUUUAAUGCCAAUGGUCAACCCAUAUCGCGUAGUUUGUUUCAGGAAUUCCUGGAAAAAUACUAUAAAUUAUGGGGUGAAGCCAGCGAGGAAAGUAAACAAGAUGAGGAUAUAGCCAAGCUAAUAGAAGAGUUUAAAGAAUUCGAUAAUGAGCUUAAGAAAUUGGAUGAAUCUCUUAGAAAUCCCACUAAUACUAACAAACCCGAUCGUAAUUUAAAUUUGGAAAACUCUUUCAGUCAACAAAAACCUAAAACACCUUUGGAUAAAAAAUCUCUUAGUUUACCAUUGAAGUCAAUAUCGGAUUCUACACCCUCUGGGGAACGUCCGGCUGUAACUACCACCCGUAAACAAUUGGGUGGGGUACCUUUAACACCCCUUAUGGCUAAGCUUUCGGUGUUGGCUUUGAAUGAGGAACGACCAGCUUGGGAUGCUACUCCUGGUGCUAAUAUAGAAAUUCAAACUCCUUUGAAUACUUCAAAGACUUUAGGCAAACGCAAUUCUCUUAAGUGUGAUGAUGCGGUAGAUGUUUUGACUUGUCUUUCCUCGAACGCGGGCAAUCAGGAUGGUUUGCAAAAGGCUGAAUUGUAUGUGUGUGGUCAGCAGAAUAUGACUCUGCUGUUGAUUAUGGAGGAGGGUUGUUCGCAGCAUGCUAAAAUCGUACAGAAAAUGUUCGAUAUUUGUGUCUCCAAAUUUCCCCACAUGGAAUCUCAUCUUAGUCAAACCUUAAAUAUUAAUGUUGAAGCCGACAAACGUGAUGGCAGCUAUAGUUUUAUGUGUAUCGAUUCCAAAUGGGAUGCCUUAGAACGUAAUGGUCCUUGGAGUCCAGUAGAACUGAAUACAUUAGAAAGCAUGCAUCGUGACAUGUUGAAUAAUAAACAAUUAACCGAUUUAAUAUUACGUUCUUAUGAUUCAGUAUAUUAUGGUUAUAAAGCAGGACGAACAGAAAUCUUCUAUAAAGAACCGGCUAAAGAAAUAACGGGUAUACCACCACCCUCAGAUCCCAUGGGUAAUAUAGCAAUGAGAGCAAAAGGGAGAUUAGAACGCGAUCAUUCCUAUAUAUUGUUUUAAAAAGGCGGGAUUAGAGUUAGAGUUUUAGAGUAGAAACGCCAAAGAAGUCCACGAGAGAGCGAAUAAAGUUAAAGUUAAUUAUAUGAUUAUAAAAGAUCAUUCCUUAAACAUAAAAUAGCAUAAAUAUUAUAAAGACGUUUGUAUUUUUAACAAAAACCUUUUUACAAAAAAGGAUUUUUUUUUAUAAAAAACCCAAAAAAACAUUCUUAAAGGAAACGUCUCUUUAAACUUUUUAUAGUAAAUUAUUUACAUUUUAUGAAAAAAAAAAUGUAAAAGUUUUUAAAUGUUUUAGUCUAAAUACUUGUUUGUGUUAGUAACACAUUUUUGUUAAGAAUUUCUUAUUUGUGUAAAAGCUUUUUUAAAAAAAUUUUUGUUUAGCUGUUUAAUUUUAGUUGUUGGCUUAUUGAGUACAAAAAUUGUUUUGCUAAAUUUUGUUAUUUAUUUUAUAAACAAAAAAAAUUAUAUAAUUUAUUUAAAAACUAGUCCUUAUAUAAUUUCAACAUUCCCCUAAUGAUAUGAAGUGAAUGAAACAAUUUGUUUAGCUUUUUAGCCGUUUAAACUAUAAGUUAAUUUUAUUAAGUUUUUUUUUUUUUGAAAACUUAGUUUUAGUUUAUUGUGCCAAUUAUUAAGAAACAUAAAAAGUUAUUGAAAAACAGUAAUAUGCCGUCAAAACAAGCUUUAUAGCAAACUAUAAAAAUAAAGCUUAUUUUUUAAACAUUUAUGUAGCUAUAUUUAUUAUGUAUUUUGUAACAGGAAGUUAAGAUAAACAAAAAUAAACUUAAAAUAUUUUUGCGUCCUCAGAAGUUUAAGAAAAGAAAUUUUAAAAAAAUAUUUUUAAUACUCAACAUGAAAAAAAAAGACAUAGAACUCCCCUGUACAUGAUCCCCCAGGGGACAAAAUUUUAAAAUAUUUUUACAAAACGAAAGUUUUAUAAAGUAAAUAUUUUUAAAGGUUUAAUUGUAAAACAAACCAUUUUUCCUACAAGACAAAAAAUUGUGCAAUUUUUACUUUAAGUUUUAUAUUGUUGUUGUAAUUAAAUUAUUUAAUCUUUUUUUAUGAUUGUAAUUAUAUUUUUUUUAUUGUUUUUUUUUUAUAAAGGUUGCUUAUUGCAAUUUUGUAUUAUUAUUAAUUUGAUAAAGUAGUGUUGUAUUAUUAUCGCCCAAUAGUUGGAGUUUUGAUAAAUAAUAUUUUAUUAUUUGUAGUGAUUUGAAAGAAAUAAAUGCAAGACACAAGAAAUAAAAAUAAAUUAAUAAAAAUAAUCACAAAGUUU